AUGUCCAACCGAGUGGUCUGCCACGAAGCCGGUCACUGGUACACGGCCUCAGGACCGCAGCUGAACGCACAGCUAGAAGACUGGCUCACACAAGCACAGUAUACAAAAAGACCCGCUGGAGCCAUCAUUACAUCCCAUAAGGAUGAGUUUACCAUUAUUUCUGUACUGGUUGGAGCUCUGAUGAAAGAACAGGAAUUUGGAAAACUCUUCAGUAAAUAUCUAGCAGAUCCUAGUAAUCUCUUUGUGUUUUUUUCUGAUUUCUGCCAUUGGGGUCAAAGGUUCCGUUACAGUUACUAUGUUGAAUCCCAGGGGGAGAUUCAUAGAUCCAUUGGACAUCUAGAUAAAAUGGGUAUAAGUAUUACAGAACAAUUAGACCCUGUAUCUUUUAGCAAUUACUUGAAGAAGUACCAUAAUACUGUAUGUGGAAGACAUCCCAUUGGGGUGUUACUAAAUGCUAUCACAGAACUUCAGAAGAAUGGAAUGAAUAUGAACUUUUCUUUUUUGAAUUCUGCCCAGUCAAGCCAGUGUAGAAACUGGCAAGACAGUUCAGUGAGUUAUGCAGCUGGAGCACUCAGGAUCCACUGA